UUUUUUUUAUAUUUUUUGCAGGAUUUGGAAUUUCAUGGUGUAAUGAGAUUUUACUUUCAAGACAAAGCAGCUGGAAACUUUGCAACAAAAUGUAUACGUGUCUCAAGUACUGCCACAACUCAAGAUGUGAUAGAGACUCUUGCAGAGAAGUUCCGGCCAGACAUGCGCAUGUUGUCAUCCCCGAAAUACUCGCUCUAUGAGGUGCAUGUCAGUGGAGAAGAAAGAAGAUUAGAUGUGGAUGAGAAGCCUCUUGUUGUACAGUUAAACUGGAACAAAGAUGAUCGAGAGGGAAGAUUUGUUCUCAAGAAUGAAAAUGAUACGGUUCCUCCAAAGAAGGCUCAGAGUAAUGGCCCUGAAAAACAAGAAAAAGAAGGAGUAAUACAGAAUUUCAAACGAACUCUCUCAAAAAAAGAAAAGAAAGAAAAGAAGAGGCGUGAAAAAGAGGCAUUGCGGCAAGCAUCAGAUAAAGAUGAUCGACUUCUUCAUGGGGAUGAUAUUGAGAAUUCUCGCCUUGCAGCUGAGGUUUACAAAGAUAUGCCUGAGACCAGCUUCACUCGCACAAUAUCUAAUCCUGAGGUGGUUAUGAAACGACGGCGGCAACAAAAACUAGAGAAGAGAAUGCAGGAAUUUCGCAGUUCUGAUGGCAGACCAGACUCAGGUGGGACACUGAGAAUUUAUGCGGACAGUUUAAAACCAAAUAUACCAUACAAGACAAUCCUAUUGUCAACUACAGAUACUGCAGACUUUGCAGUUAUUGAAGCACUGGAGAAAUAUGGCUUGGAGAAGGAAAAUCCCAAGGAUUAUUGUAUUGCUCGUGUCAUUCUGCCUCCUGGUGCUCAGCACUCUGAUGAUAAAGGUGCUAAAGAAACUAUUCUGGAUGAUGAUGAGUGUCCACUCCAGAUAUUCAGGGAAUGGCCUAGUGAUAAAGGAAUACUAGUCUUUCAAUUGAAAAGGCGGCCUCCUGAUUAUGUCCCAAAGAAAUCCAAGAAAAUAGCUGAUGGAAAGCCAUUAAAGGGGAAGGAAAGAGUUGACGGGUCUGGCUACGGCUCUUGCCUUCCUCCUGAGAAACUACCAUACCUGGUAGAAUUAAGCCCAGGGAGAAGGAAUCACUUUGCCUACUACAACUAUCACGCUUAUGAAGAUGGUUCUGACUCCAGAGAUAAACCAAAGCUUUAUCGUCUACAAUUAAGUGUCACUGAAGUUGGAACUGAAAAAUUUGAUGACAAUUCCAUUCAGUUAUUUGGUCCAGGAAUUCAGCCUCAUCAUUGUGAUCUCACUAAUAUGGAUGGAGUUGUUACUGUAACCCCAAGAAACAUUGAUGCGGAAACAUACGUAGAAGGUCAGCGUAUUUCAGAAACCACUAUGCUGCAAAGUGGAAUGAAGGUUCAGUUUGGGUCAUCUCAUGUGUUUAAGUUUGUGGAUCCCACUCAGGACCAUAUUAUUCCUAAAAGACCUAUUGAUGCAAGCCUUAUGGUCAAAGGUCCAAGGCACAAAGCUGGAGCCGUUCAGGAAACUACCUUUGAUCUGGAGGGAGAUGUUCACAGUGGAACGGCAUUACCAGCAAGCAAGAGCACCAGCAGGCUUGAUGGUGACAGAACAUCAUCAGCAUCCAGCACAGCUGAGCGAGGAAUGGUGAAACCCAUGAUAAGAAUAGAACAGCAGCAAGAUUAUCGCAGACAGGAAAGCAGAUCUCAGGAUACCCAUGGACCAGAACUGAUCCUACCUGCCAGUAUUGAAUUCAGGGAAAGCUCUGAAGAUGCCUUCUUAUCUGCCAUUAUAAAUUACACAAAUAGCUCGACAGUUCAUUUUAAACUGUCACCCACAUAUGUUUUGUAUAUGACAUGUCGGUAUGUAUUGUCAAGCCAGUACAGACCUGACAUCACUCCUACUGAGCGUACUCACAAAGUUAUUGCAAUAGUCAACAAGAUGGUGAAUAUGAUGGAAGGAGUCAUACAGGAGGUAGACCAGGUUGAUCAGAAACAGAAGAAUAUUGCUGGGGCACUUGCCUUUUGGAUGGCAAAUGCAUCUGAAUUACUGAAUUUUGUAAAGCAAGACCGUGAUCUUAGCCGAAUCACUGUGGAUGCUCAAGAUGUUUUGGCACACUUGGUUCAAAUGGCAUUCAAGUACCUAGUUCACUGUCUGCAGUCAGAGCUUAAUAACUACAUGCCAGCAUUUCUUGAUGAUCCAGAGGAAAAUAAUCCACAAAGGCCUAAAAUAGAUGAUGUGCUGCACACAUUGACUGGAGCUAUGUCCUUGUUGCGACGAUGUAGAGUGAAUGCUGCACUGACUAUACAGCUCUUCUCCCAGUUGUUUCAUUUUAUCAACAUGUGGCUUUUUAACAGACUUGUUACGGCCCCAGAUUCAGGGUUAUGUUCCCAUUAUUGGGGAGCUAUUGUUCGCCAGCAGUUGGGUCAUAUUGAGGCCUGGGCAGAAAAACAGGGUUUAGAAUUGGCUGCUGAUUGCCACUUAAGCAGAAUAGUGCAGGCAACCACAUUGCUCACCAUGGACAAGUACUCACAUGCUGAUGUUCCAAAUAUUAACAGCACUUGCUUCAAGUUGAAUUCUCUACAGCUACAAGCUUUGUUGCAGAAUUACCACUGUGCUCCAGAUGAACCACUUAUACCAACAGAACUGAUAGAGAAUGUAGUAACUGUUGCAGAAAAUACGGCUGAUGAACUCGCUCGCAGUGAUGGCAGAGAAGUCCAAUUGGAAGAGGAUCCUGACUUACAACUCCCUUUUCUUUUACCAGAAGAUGGCUAUUCCUGUGAUGUUGUCAGAAAUGUUCCAAGUGGUUUACAAGAAUUUUUGGAUCCCCUCUGUCAGAGAGGUUUUUGUAGGUUAAUACCUCAUACACGGUCACCAGGCACAUGGACAAUAUACUUUGAAGGUGCAGACUAUGAAAGUCACCUGUCACAUGAGAAUGCUGAGCUAGCUCAGCCUUUGAGGAAAGAACCUGAGAUUAUAACUGUAACACUAAAAAAACAAAAUGGAAUGGGCCUCAGCAUUGUUGCUGCCAAGGGUGCUGGUCAAGACAAACUUGGAAUAUAUGUCAAGUCUGUUGUGAAAGGAGGUGCUGCAGAUGUGGAUGGUCGUCUGGCAGCAGGGGAUCAGCUGCUCAGUGUGGAUGGUCGAAGCUUGGUGGGGCUGUCCCAGGAAAGGGCAGCAGAACUUAUGACAAGGACAGGUUCAGUGGUAACACUGGAAGUAGCAAAACAAGGAGCAAUAUACCAUGGUCUGGCAACCCUGCUAAAUCAGCCAUCUCCAAUGAUGCAAAGAGUUUCUGACCGCCGUGGCUCAGGUAAACCCCGACCAAAGAGUGAAGGUUUUGAGCUGUAUAACAACUCCACGCAAAAUGGGUCACCCGAGAGCCCACAGCUGCCAUGGACGGAGUACAGUGAACCAAAGAAGCUGCCAGGAGAUGACAGAUUAAUGAAGAACAGAGCCGAUCAUCGCUCCAGCCCCAAUGUAGCAAAUCAGCCUCCAAGCCCUGGGGGAAAGAAUGCUUAUGCAUCUGGAACUACCACCAAAAUAACCUCAGUCUCGACUGGAAAUCUUUGUACAGAGGAACAAACUCUGCCUCCACGACCUGAAGCUUAUCCUAUCCCAACACAGACCUAUACCAGAGAAUAUUUCACAUUCCCAGCUUCAAAAUCCCAGGAUCGAAUGGGUCCAGCUCAGAGUCAGUGGCCAAAUUAUGAAGAGAAACCACAGAUCCAGGCAGAGAGUAAUCACUCACUCAAUACUACAAUGCAGCGUGUGGCUCGAUCCCAGGAAGAACUCCGAGAUAAAGUUUUCCAGCCAGAGAGGAAUCGUUUGGAAGUUGUUAUCCGGAAGGAUAUAGAGUACAUUGAUCGGAAGUCAGACAGCGAUCAGUGGAUGAAUUCAUCUGUGGAUUCUAGCACUUCUAGCCAAGAGCACCUGAACCAUACAUCCAAACCAGUUUCACCUGGUUCUUGCUUAACUAAAAGUGGUCCUGGCCGUUGGAAAACUCCGGCUACAAGCCAGCCGACUCCGGCGGCCAUUUCCCAGCCCAUCAGAACAGAUCUUCCUCCUCCGCCGCCACCACCUCCAGUUCAUUAUGCAGCUGAGUUUGAUGAACCACAAAUGGAUUUGCCUCUGCCUCCCCCUCCUCCACCAAACCAAGUAGGAGCACAAGCAUCUUCUCAGGUGGCUGCUGCUGAGCGUAAAAAACGAGAAGAGCACCAGAGGUGGUAUGAAAAGGAAAAGGCACGUUUGGAAGAAGAACGCGAAAGGAAACGCCGUGAGCAAGAGAGAAAACUGGGUCAAAUGCGUUCGCAGCCACUAAUUCCUCCCCAGCCUGUGGUUCCUCCUGUUUCCCUUCAACAAGUGAAAUCAGAAAAAACUGCAACUUUCCAGAGGUCUCAAGAAACAGUCAUUCGAGAGUUGCAACCACAGCAGCAGCCUCGGACUAUUGAGCGGAGAGAUCUGCAGUACAUUACUAUCAGCAAGGAAGAAUUGUCCUCUAGUGACAGCCUCUCUCCAGACCCCUGGAAACGAGAUGCCAAGGAGAAACUGGAGAAGCAGCAGCAGAUGCACAUUGUGGAUAUGCUGAGUAAAGAGAUUCAGGAUCUUCAGAACAAGCCUGAUCGUACAGCUGAAGAGAACGACCGCCUGCGCAAACUCAUGCUAGAGUGGCAGUUCCAAAAGCGACUUCAAGAAUCAAAGCAAAAGGAUGAAGAUGAUGAUGAAGAAGAGGAUGAUGAUGUGGAUACUAUGCUUAUCAUGCAGCGACUGGAGGCAGAAAGAAGAGCAAGGCAGACUGCUGUGCCAGCAAUCUCUGUUCUAGACUUGUUACAGGAUGAAGAACGCAGACGGCAGCAACAGUUGGAAGAAAUGCGCAAGCGAGAAGCAGAAGACAGGGCCAGGCAGGAAGAAGAACGCCGACAGCAAGAGGAGGAGCGGACCAGAAGGGAGGCAGAAGAAAAGAGGCGACAGGAAGAGGAGUAUUAUAAUCGCUUAGAGGCUGAAAGGCGCAGGCAGCACGAUGAAGCAGAACGAAGAUUGCUGGAACCAGACGAGCCUGGUCUGUACAGACCUCCACUUCCACGGGAAUAUGAACUCCCAUCCCCAACCCCUUCAUCUAACGCUCCUCCUCCCCCACCUCAGCGAAACACCUCUUACCUCAAAACACAGGUCCUCUCCCCUGACACGAUUUAUACUGCCAAGUUUGUUGCAUACAAUGAUGAUGAGGAGGAGGAGGAUUCCAAUCUAGCAGGUCAGGAUAAGUACUCCAGCACAAGAAAAUCUUAUGGUGACUUUCCUCCUGCCACCCUUAAACCACAGCAGCCCUCCCGCCAACCUCGCCCAGUUUCAGAUGGCCUCUUUCUUUCCAACUCAUUCCAGUCAUCUCCAGUCAAUGCCAACAGUACUGCUGCCAAAAAAAGCCAGCCCCCGCCCCCACCAAACAAACCGAGUUUCAUCCAUGCCAGCAGCUCUAAAGGAAUAAAUUCAUACACUGGAUCUUCGGGAGCAACGGUUGGGGCCCAUGAAGUUUAUCGGGAUCCAAGAGACAAACGAUCUAAAAGUCAAGAUACAGAUUUACCUGGAGCACCAGAAAAUUUGACGUUCAGGGAACGCCAGCGACUUUUUUCACAGGGUCAAGAUGUAUCCAAUAAAGUAAAAGCUUCUAGGAAACUAAUGGAACUGGAAAAUGAGUUGAACACAAAAUAAGAUUAAAGCACCUUAUCAGAUGUAACUGAAGAUCUCUGAAUUGAGGGAUUGAGAUGAGGGGCACUACUAAUGAACAGAAAAUGAAUAUUUUCCAAAAUGAGUGACUUUGAUUCCUCUAUAUCUAAGACUGUUAAUUAAGAUUUAGAGAUGUUGCAAUAGCAAGAAAACUGAUUACUUUGCCAGGAGCUUGUGGUUUAUACAAUGAAAGCACUGUAAAAUUUUAAAGAUAUGAAUCACGUGAAGGUAACUCUUUUCUUUCUGUUUUGGGGGUUAAGUUCUUGUGCACCAGACCAAGUAGCACUUGUCAAAGAUAAGUUCUGUUUCCUGGUGUUUCACAGACACACUUUUUUUUUUUUUUUUUUUUAGCUGCUGAGCAGAGAGAGUGAGAAUAGCUUGAACUGCCUAAACUAAACUGUGCACUAGAAAUUAGUACUUUAGGUUGUUUAGGAAGAAGAUGAUAUCUGGGCCACUAUCUUAAGUAGACUCUAUAUGCAAGUUUGCCGUACUCUGUGGUGUUCAUACAAUGAUCAACCUAUCAAUACCAUGAUUUAGUAUUGGGAUAACUCCCAUUCUGUAGGUAAAACCUGGGAUAAAACAUUUCUAUUCCUACAUAUUUGUUGGGUCUAAAAGUGGAAUUUAUCUGUAAUGAUGGAAAAGUCUGUAUAGAUGCACCUCUGUUAUUUGUGCAUCAGGCUUUCAGAAAUGUGAAGGUGAAAAGCCUAGGGCUGUUUGUUUCAUUAAAAAUUACAUAAGCAAUAGAUAGGAGGCUACGCAGGUUGCCAGUCAUCAGCUAGGACCAAAAUGUUUGUCAUGUGUUAAAGACAAAGAUUUCUAUUUCCAAAGUUAGUAGAAAAGAUAGGUAAGUUUUCCCGGAACAGUAGAUGAGAAGUUAGUAGGUAAAUAGACAUGGAAUGGUAUUGAUAAGUCUGCUAUUAGCAGUUUAGCAAUAUCUUUGUUUUGGGGUUGUUUUUUUGUUGUUGUUGUUGUUGUCGUCCUGUUUUGUUGUUGUUUUUUCCUAUGGAGAAGUGAACUGGCAUAUUAAAGUGUGGUGUGAAGCAUUGAAUACACUACUGCUGGCUGGGAGUGGGAAUGUUAGUAAGACCUGGUCUGCUGGCAGCAAUCCAUUUCUACUCAUGCUGAAGAAGCAGUGCUAGUAAGCUCUUCUUUAGUCUAGCUAGCUUUACUAACGUUCUGUCACUGUUGUACUGAAAAUAUUUUUGGCAGUUCAAGCUAUUUUUUCACACUGUAAUAGCCUUAUUUAAUUUUAAAUUGUUAAUCUUUUCCUCCCACCGUUUCCUCAGCUACGCUUAUGUAGCUGAUGAUGCUGGGAAUAAGGACCUCAUCAGAGUUUUUCUCAUUGUGUGAUGUUAAGACAAUAUAUAUUGUGAUUCCAAACAAAUUUUCUAUUUGACAAAGCCCUUUACUGGCUUUAGAUGAUUUUUUCCUGUAUCAUAUUGUUCUCUUAUAAAUAUAUAUUUAGGGAAUUGUGCACACUUCCAAAUACAAAGGGGUAGACUUUCACUGCCUUAGGAAAGAAAUCACUUUUAAUAAGAGUUGUAUGAUAAAUAAAUGCAAGUUGAUGAAAAUUGGAGUGUAAAUAUUUUUUACGUACUUCAGGUUUCUUAUUUGAAAGUGUGCUUUUACCGUUUCACCUGUUAAAUAUGAAGUAGAAGAUUAAACUGGUUCAAAGUGUUAAUGAAGGAUCUGCAUGCUUGCUAUGUCUGUUAAUCAGGAAAAGCAAGCCUCUCCCAACUUAUCUUGAGAACACUAGCAGCCUUACAGUGACACAUUUUUCUUAAGGAAAAAAACUUAUGCUGUGGCUGAAUUACUGUUGCUGCUAGAAUCUGAAAAAGGCUUAGCAAAAAAAAAAAAAAAGUAUCUAUAACCUUCAGUUGAGUGGAUUUGGCCGCUAUUGGGCAUUCGGGUCAAGUGUGAAUAUGUGUAAAAGUGCUUUUCAUAUUUGUCUGUGCAUUAUUAUGAAAAACAUCAAAACUGCUGUAGUUUCCCAUUUCUACUGUAUUUCACUUGCAACCUAUUUUUAAUAAAGUUUGUAUUGUAUUUAA